CUGCCCCCUCAACUGUGUCUACGGCUCGUGCUUCUGCUCCAGCUCCCGCUGUCUCGGGGUAUACUAAGGAAGAAGUGGCUAAGCACACCACCGAGAGUGACUGCUGGGUCAUCAUUAAUGGCCAGGUCUUGAAUGUAACGAACUUCCUUCCUGAACAUCCUGGUGGAAAACUCGCUAUUAUGACUUUCGCGGGUAAGGAUGCUACUAAGGAGUUCAACAUGAUCCAUCCGGCUGAUGUUAUUGAGAAGUACGCUUCUGAGUGUGUUCUUGGUCCCGUUGUUGAGGCCAAUUCUGCACCUGCUGUAGCAGCUACGAGUGCACCUGCUCCGGCUGCUCCUACUGCAGUAACGACCACUCCGACAACAUCUGGUGCCGCUGGCAACUCUUACACUAUGGACGAGAUAUCGAAGCAUAACUCUCGCGAGUCCUGCUGGGUUGUGAUUGAUGGUGAGGUCUUGGAUGUUACGGAUUUCUUGCCUGAUCAUCCUGGUGGAGAUAUCUCUAUUCUCAAUUUCGGUGGCAGAGAUGCUACUGGGCCUUUCCACGAUAUUCAUCCUGCUGGUAUCAUCCAGAAAUAUUGUCCCGACGCUGUCAUCGGUGUCGUUGGAACCGGCUCGGCCGCCCCCUCGACUGCUUCUACGGCUCCCGCUUCUGCUGCUGCAUCUGCUCCAGCUCCUGCUGUUUCUGGAUAUACUAUGGAUGAGGUCGCUAAGCACACCACUGAGGAUGACUGCUGGGUUGCUAUUAACGGACAGGUCUUGAACGUCACGGACUUCCUCCCUGAGCAUCCUGGUGGAAAGCUUGCCAUCAUGACUUUCGCCGGUAAAGAUGCUACUAAGGAGUUCAACAUGAUCCAUCCGCCUGAUGUCAUUGAGAA